AUGGUUUCAACAGUGUUGUCAGACGCCUUCAACGAGGAUGAAAACAGCACCAAGGUCAGCUACUGCACUGACGAUCCUGAGCCCAAGAGCCUUUGGAAUGGCUGGGCUUCCAGCCCAGGGCCCGCCACCAUCACCCUGGGAAGCCCAGCCACUGCCCCUGCAGGGGCCGCAGCCGCUCCCAAGGACCCAGAAAGGAAUGUUCCUGGCCCUGCCAAAUGGCUCAGCAUCAGGGCUUUGUCGGCAGAGAGGACACCAUUGCUCUGCACCUCGGCCCCACAGGCCGUGGGACCUUGUCCCCCACUGGAAUGUAAGCUCGUUGAGGCCAGGGGCCAGCUCGGACUGUUUGUGGCCCCAAGUUCUCCACCCAACGUUUCUGCCAAGAUUUUUGCUCACAGCUGGGUCAUGAUCGUUGUGGCCCAUCCCCCACCAGCAGAGCAGAAAGAGCCCUCACCAUCGAUUCACACUAGAUCCACCAGUGCCCACCUCCUACUCACUGGAGGGCACCCCAGAGGACUGAAAGCCCUGGUUCCCCAAGUAUGCAGCCUCCUGAAGGGUGCCCCAGGGGGGGCCGCGGGGGCGGUGUGUGCGCAAAUAGUGCAGGAUGGUAAGGGGCGUACCCUAGUGACAGGAGACCCCCCUCGCGGCUGCCUUGGCAAGUGGGGAAUCCAGGCUCAGCCCCCUCGCCUGCCUUCCCCUCCCAACAUCUGCCUUCUCCAGGUCCAGGGUAGGGAGCGGGGGAGUGGAGGGAGGAGGGGGAGUGCGGUCCUGGGCGCCUGGGGCUCCGGGCGGGGGCGGCGGGAGCAGCUGCGCAGAGCAGAGCUUGGAGCCCAGAGCCCGAGCGGAACGAACGAGCGAGCUCAGCUCCGCAGUGCCAGCCUCGGCCCUGUCCUUGUCGGCCUUGCACCCACAAACCUGGACACCCUGAAUCCGCAGAUGCAGGCAGCUGGGCUGCCCAAUCCCGGAGAGCCCGGGGGGUCUAAAGAGACCAUGGACAGUCCCCAGGAGGUGCACCAGCCCUUGCUUGGGCCACCACCAGAUGGGUCCCCAGUUGUGGAGCCCCCCGCCUCUCAGCCCCCUAAGUCCCCCAGCUCUAAGGCCCCCAGCUCUAAGACCCCCAACCUGUCCCCAGGGGCAAAGGCAAAGGCAAAGCGGGCUCGCCAAGAGAAACUCGCCAAGGAGAUGCUCCAACUGCCCACUAUCAGCUUGGGGCUGCUGGAGCCUGUGAACUUCGAUUUAGAGGACUGGUCCAGCGACAGUGAGUAUGAAGGAAUGGGGGUCGGCCAGUUCACCCCCCUGCUCUCCCGGGAUUACGUGGGCCUGGCUGUCUUCUCUAUCCUCUGCUGCUUCUGGCCUUUGGGCAUAGCCGCCUUCUCCCUGGCCCAGAAGACUAACAAGGCCUGGGCAGCAGGGGACGUCCGGGCGGCAGGCGCGUCUGCACGGCGGGCUUUCCUGCUGGCGGUCCUGGCCAUUGGCCUGGGGGUCUGCAUUUACACAGCGGCUCUGGUCACACUGGCCACCUACCUGACCUCCGGGGAUUCCCUCUAGAGGCUCAGCCUGGCUCAUACACCUGUGGGGUCAUGACAACAGCCAGGAACACAAGGGAGACCCCCCCCCCCAAGCCCUCAAGCCCCACCUAAGCCAACUCCCCACCCCCACCUACCCUAUUCCCCUUAACUGCCUGCUCUAUCCCCCAGGCCCCCCCAUUCCCCAGCUCCAUCCCCUCAUUCUCCAUCCCCACACCCCCCCCAUUCCCCAUCCCUGCCUAGCCUACCCCCAGCCCCAUCCUCUCCCCACUCCAGCCUCAGCCCAGGAAGAAACAAAGAAUUAAACCUGGGAUUCAUCUGAA